UUUAAUGUAUUUUGGUGCAAAGCCAUUCAGUUAUUUAUAAAGUAGCAGAAGUAUUUUAAAGUCUAUGAGCUACAGGAAGUGUAAGGAUUUUAAAACUGGGAUGUAGAGGGUUCUUAGUUUCCUAUACUUUCUAAAAGUUUCAGCUAAAUAUUUUUAAUUUCUACUAGUAGGUCAGGAAGAGAUGAAGCAGUGAUCAGAAAGUUGCUUAACAUCGGUUUAGUGUGUUUUCAUAUUUUGGAAGUUCAUUGGAGAUGUUUGCGCUGUUAAAAUCUCCAAAAACAAUGAUUAGAUAGGAUGGAUGUUUUUCCUUUAUGAACUGUUGUCCUGAUGAAACCUCUUUUCCUCGCCUCCUGAGAUGUUCCUCAUGGAAACUGUUUGGAAAAGAAGAGAGUCAAGAAGAACAUCCUGUUGCAUCGUCCACCUUGUAGGUUCAUAAAGGAAGUUAGCACUUCCUAUAUGAAUCUUCCUCAUGCGAUGUGAGAAAUGGCGCAGAUUCUCACUCUUCUUUUUCAUCUGUUUCUAAUCAACACACUUCAGAUUCAAGGUUCCUCUGCAGUGACUGAUGUGUUUGUGAAAACUGGAGAUGAUCUGAUUCUUAAUCUCACAGAAGCUGAAAUUCCAUCAAAUUCUCGCUUUUGGACAUGGCAAUUUAAAGAUGAUAUGCUGGUAGAGUUUACACGUGGCUACCGCCCAACUGUUGUUAACAGUCGCUCUGGAAAAGUUGAAGUUUUAGAAAAAAGUUACAGUGUGAAAUUAAAGACUCUACAGAAGACACACAGUGGUAUUUAUACUGCAAUGGUAGUGUCACCUAAAGUGCAAACACUGACUCAAUACAACGUUACAGUUCUAGAUCCAGUGUCUCCAGCUGAUCUCAGCUUCACCUGUGCAUCCAGCUCCUCCUCCUCCUCCUUCUAUAACCUGACAGCGACCUGCAGGACAGACGACUCUUCCAUCAGCAUCACUCUGAGAUGUGAGGAUCAAACCUGCAACCAAGAAGGAGGAGAGGGAAGAUCAGUCACCAAAUCAGGUUCUUCUCUUCGUAUCUAUCAGUUGAAAGAAUCAGUCAUCUGUAUCCAUAGCAACCAGGUCAGCAGGACUGAAUCCAAAGUAAACAUUGAGAAUCGCUGCAUUGAACUUGCUGAAAAAAGAACCACUGCAAUUAUUAACGUCACAAGAAUAAUCCUGGCUGCAUUACUGGUUGUGGUUUUUACCUUAACUGUUGUUAUAAGAAAAUGUAAAAGGAAAACCGAACCAGAGGAAGUGAUGUACGAGUUUCCAGAGUGACACCAGGGGAACCAGACAAACAGAAUCCUGCAGCAGAUUCUGCAGACGCCUCAUUCUGACCCAUGAAGUUUCUAAUGUUGGAGAGACUGGAAACACCUUCGAACAAACGGAGGAAACCUGUUCACCAUCUCAUAAAUAUAAAUAUGAUGCUUUAACAAAACUGUAAAUAUGCUUUGAAAAAGAAGAUGCAUUAUGUCCAAGUUAAAAUAUGUAACAAGUUUGCAGGCCAUGAAUGUUUAACAUGUUUUCAAAGUGACAUCUACUGGAAAAAGAACUGAGAAAAUAAAGUGAUCCACAUACCCAACAAAAUAUUUUCAUGUCUUUUUAUGUUUUCUAUUCUUAUCCAUCCUUUUUGUUGUGGAAAAAACAAUGUAAAAACAAUGUAAAUACAGUAAAAAGUUGUUAAAAGUUCUAAUUUUUCAUGUAUUAUUGUGUCAUUUGUUCAAGGAAAUUGCGGUCUUUAAAUCAUCUUCUGGGAUCUAUUGGUAGUGCCUCCAUCCUCCCCAUAUUCGCGCUCUUUUCAUGCUUCACUUCCUGUUCUUACCAUGCUGAGUUCAAACGGACAGCGAGGAAUCCUGAAGAAAUAGGAGGGAAAUUUUAAAAUAAUCGCCGCUGGAAAACAGAAUAAGACGUCAAACUGUGGAGAUGAAAGGUCCAGGAGUGAAACAUCCCCAGAUGUUCGUUCUCCACGAGUAUUGGAGCGCCACCUGGGGGAUAGCAGGGGUUCCUGAUCCAGGAGGGAUGGACGGUACUUGAAGAGGGAUCUUGGUCGGAUCCAGGAAUCUUUUCCCAAUGGGUCUGGAAAACCUUAACAUCGAAGAUGGAUUCUGAUGAGAUUCCUGAACUACUUCAGUUUACCUUUCAGUUCAGCUCCUUCUUCAACAAACUGAACUUGAAGCCCCAUUGGGUUGGACAGAACCCAGUCUUAAAUGAAUUCUCUAUGGGGUUAAAGGUCAGGGAAUUUGCUGGCUAAUCAAGAACAGGAUCUCCAUGGACACUGAACCAGAUUUGGUACCUUUGGCGAUAUGGGUCGGUACCAAGUCCUGCUGGAAAAUAAAAACAGCAUCUCCAUGCAGUUUGUCAGCAGAGGGAAUCUUGAAGCGCUCCAGAAUUUUCUGCAUGAACUGGACUUCAGGAAACCCAGUGGACCAGAACCAGCAGACGACAUGGGACCUCAAACUUCACUCUGGACUUCAACCAACAUGGACUCUGUGCCUCUCCGCUCUUCAGACCCUGACACCUUGAUUACAAAAUGAAAUGCAGAAUUUCCUCUCCUCUGAAGAAAGGACUAUGGACCAAAGCUCAACAAUUCACUUCCUUUUCACCUUUGGCAGGUCAGUCGGAUUCUUUGGGGGCCCAGAUGAAAUCCCUCAGUCUGCUGCUGCUUCUCCUUCUGUUUUUCUCUGGACAAAUUCAAGGUAA